AUGCCCGACACUGCCAACCUUUGGGAACACCGCUUUGACGGGAAGCCUAUCUCACCAAACCCCGCGAUCGCCGAUUUGGAUAUAGAACGGAAUGAGUUAGCCCACACCUGGAAGCGGUUUGUGAGCCUGCUCCUGCCGCAGGACCAGGUCGAGUGGGAGGAGCGGCCACAGACCGUCGACGAUGUAAAGACCCUGCUGGGCAACAUUAACGCCUUUUGGACGUCGAGGCCGCGACAACGCGUCUUUAGUGACUCCAUGGACCUGUGUGAUCGCCUGCUACCCACCAUGGACACCCACGCGACUCUCCUGUCCGUCCUCCCAGACGCCCUCUCCUAUACCCCUCUCUUCUACGGCGUGCUUCAGUCCGUCAUUAAGGCUUCGUCGCAUUACCCACGAGUCAUGGAAGGCUUAGCCACAGCACUGCUCAACAUCCACGACGCCUUAGGUCUUCCCGCCGACCCCGGCUUGCUGCCGACCGCUGUAAAACCCAUCGCCAGAACCUAUUCUCUCAUUUUCUUCUUCCUCACCGAGUUCAUGGACUGGUAUGUCCGAAGGUCCACCUGCCAACUGCUCAACAUCCACAGUCAGGAUGUCUACUCCGAGUUCCGCCAUCUGGUCAUCUACAUUCAACGCCAGGCAUAUGAUUUACCGUGGGAGCACGUGAGCAUGGAUAUGGACGAGGAGGAUCUGGAACCUUACAGUCCGCGGGCUUUAUGGGAGGAAUCUCGACUCAGCCAGGUGGGACAACAAAAGAAAGACCGUCGGAUAGCGGCACAAAACACCAUCACUCGACGACUGAUCUGGGAGAUUCAACAAGACGCGGAGGAGCGUGCGCGGUAUAGGGAGGGCCGGGAUCGGUUACUCGCAGAGUGUUUGAGCUCAGUGCGGGAGCAACUCGAACCGGUCAGCGAACCGAAUAAAGGCAUUGUGUGCAUGACUACGCCCCCAACUCCUAACAUCGACACUUCCUCGUUUGAAUGGUCCAGAGGAUCUAAACGCCGCCUGGCACGUCUCGAGAUCCAGAGUUCGUCCAAGCAUCUGCAAGACUUCUUCGACAGCGACGAUCAGAUCUGUGAUUACGAACCGGAUGUCAAGGUGGUCUCUGACAGCAGUGUCGUGGCGUCUCUACAACAAUGGGCGACGAGCCCGCGGUCCCAGGCGCUCGCAGUGGGCGGCACUCAACCCACUGCUUCCCCCAGCCCUGUGGCUCUCAUCUCCGCCUGCUAUGCUUCGUUCGCCCGCCAGGCCCGCCUGCCCGUCAUUUCUCAUUUCUGCGUGCUCCCCACCAAAGAGGUCAAAGGCCUGACCAUCCACCAGCAAGGCCUGAUUGCCCUGACUUACAGCGUGAUCCGGCAACUAGUCGACUGGCUUCCCCCUGUGGUCGACAGCGACGCGGUGCUAGAUCUAAGCGCAGAACGAUUCCGCCAACUCGACGGGACCCUGGCCAGCUGGAAAGCCGCUCUUUCGUUGGUCGAUACACUCUUACAAUCAGCCCCACCCCUUCUGGUCUUCAUUGUGGACGGCCUGGACGCCAUUCACGACGCGUCCACCGAUGGCCCGAUCCGCGAACUCGUUCGUGUUCUGCUCACCCACACUCGCCGCCAGCCACAAGGUGGUCUCAACGGCAAUGGCCCGACACUAUUGCUCAAGGUCCUCUUCACAGUCAUUGGACGGCCCAGUGCUCUCGUCGAAACCAUGUCCGAGCAUCAGCUCGUUCUGAACAAUCAAACCGAUCUUGCGCCGUCCGAGCCGCCUCUCAGCUCGGACCUCGGAGCGGUCAUGAUGAAUGCAUGA